AAUUCCGCAACGUAGUAAUUAAAUUCUUCCGGACCAAACAGCUUUGCUUAACUUCGGACAGAACACAAUGAUCUCUCUCGUAUGCUGCCCAAGUCAUACCGAACAACCGAUAUGUGGAAUGUGGAUUGCUAAAACGGCAGCGUUUUCUGGUUACUUCAAUAUCAACGUCGAAUGAGGAAAACUUCCCAAAGAGCACAACAUAACAAAGCAUCUAUAAGAUCAGAAGCCGCGCGAGUUGACUCACCAAUCAUCUCUCCUCUUUCUCUCUCUCUCUUCGUUAUUAUUCAUUCAUAGAGUCCUUUUCGUAUUUUCACAUGAAACUUCACUUCUCAAUUCCUUUCGCUUUCACAUCCACGUCACACGUGUCGACUAAUCAUCGGACUCUCCGGCGAUGCCCCGCCGAUUAAACGACGGCGGUCGUGGUCGUUUCACCGCCACCGCUCUCCUUUUCAUCGGUCUGAUCUCGUGUCUCGUCGUCUACGCCGUCUUCUUCAACAUUCUCCGUCCCCGUCCCCGUCCCCACCAGGAUCAUACGCUCGACGAUUCCGCCGUCCGGUUCACGGACACGCGAGAUCGCGGGGGUGUAGAUGGCGGCGGCGGGUGUUGCGGCGGAGUCGCAAACCUGGAGCUGUGGGGUCCGGCGGUGAAGUGGGGGACGGAUUUCAAGUUUGAUUCGCCGGGUGAAUGUUGCAAGGCGUGUAAAGCUAUGCGCAGCGGUGACGAUGGGCCUUUCUUGUGCGAUACAUGGGUGUUCUGUGGAAACAAAGAGGCUUGCGGGCCCAAGUUUGGAGAGUGUUGGUUGAAGAAGCAGAAAGAUGUAUUGGUGCCUGAUCGACAGGAAGGUGGGCAGAAAGUUAUGUGGACAUCUGGGCUUAUUUUCGGACAAGGCCAGGGCAUUGUUGGUUUUGAGACAGAACACGGUGUACUUCAUGUCAAACUUCACCCUGAGUGCGCUCCUCACUCAGUGUACUACAUUCUUAGUUUGUUAACUCUGCGCCACUGCGCAGGCUGCCAGUUUCAUCGGGCAGAGAACCGUGGAUCAUAUUGGGACUCAGAAGGCAAUCAUGUAACCAAUGCUCGCUAUGGUCCACCAUACGCCAUGAUUCAAGGCAUACUCCAGCCCGAGGGAAACAUCUUCACGCCCAUCCCAACCGAGCACUGCCCAACCAUAACUCGUGGCUCUGUUGCAUGGGUCGGCUCAGGACCAGAAUUUUUCAUCAGUCUAGCGAACCACCACGAGUGGAAGCAAUCUUACACUGUAUUCGGAUCUGUUUUACCAGAGGACAUGGACGUUGCUGAGAGGAUUGCAGGUUUACCAACAAUAGCCGAUGUCUGGAGCAGCGUUAAUGUCUCUGUCCUGGAGAAACCAGUGUCGUUGACCGUACGGAGAAUGAAGUCGGGCCAAGAACAAGCAGAACCCGGUUCGUGAAGAACAAUGGAAAAAUCAACUCAGAAUAGUAUUGUUUAACUUUUCUUUUCUAAUUGUGCAUAAAAUAGUGAUGCUACGUAAAAAAAACUGAGAUUUUUUUUUUUUGCAUUUAAAUGGAAGUUUAUGGUUACUACUA